UUUGAAAUUUUUUUAUAUUUCAUUUUUUUUUUGAGGAUAUGUUGAAAUUGAAACACUGAAUGUAGUUUUUUACCUGAAUAUGAGUGGAGUUUCUGACUUAGCAAUGUUUCGAUUUAAUUUUUGGCAAAAGCCCUUUCUCUCUCAUCAUGCUGCCGUUCUUGCAGCUUCGCAGAUUAAUGCGAUGGAGAAUUCAACAUAUCUACCAAAUCCACUGACAUCACCAGCUCUUAUGGUUCUGGCUUCGACUGCCGAGGGUCAUGAGGGAGGUCGCUUGCCCGCUCCCCCUCACCCAUACCCAACAAAUUCUGAUGGAAAGGAUAUGGUUUCACCGUAUGGAAAUCCUCCAUUCACCAUGUAUAGACCAGGGGAUCCAUUUCCCCCACCCAUGUAUUCCGGUGUACCUCCAUUUGUACGACCUGACCGAAACAUGGGAAUCAUGCCACCCGUAGCCACCAGUGCAUUUAGACCGGUCAGCACUGACUCGGAAAGUUCCUAUCACUCAGCAUUCGGACCGUCGGCCAAAAAACCUAAAAUAGAAACUGGGUCGGCUGAGGAGGAAGAGAGGGAGGUGGGGAGUCCCCGUUCGGCUGCCUCUGCCCACAUCAAGGAGGAGCGCCCCAAUAGCAUCAGCUCUACGACAAACUCCGAGGGCCUGUCGGACGGGGGAGAGUUUGACCGGGGAACACCUGACGAGGGGCGUAGUCUCAGAAAGCUAAGAAAGAGGAGUGCCUUAGAUGGGCAGACCCCAUGUUGUCCUAUCUGUGGACUGACCCUGAGGAGUGGGGAGGUGGACACCCACAUCGCUCUGGAGGUGGACAGACUGGAGAAAAUCAUGAGAAGUGGUAGAAGGUCAAGGGACACAACUCCACAGGGAAGAAAGACUUUAACUUCUCCAUCUGCCCACAGACAGAGGAAGGACUCCCCAUCUAUUGAGGCAGCAUCCCAGUCCAGAUAUGAUACAUACAUGCGAAUCAAGUGCAAUCGCCAAUCAAGACUUAGUGCUAGAAGUAGGAACCGUAAGAAACGUCCAGAUGAAACUGUUUGUCCUGUGUGUAAUGAAAGAGUUGUAGGGUCACCAGAGGAACUCAAUGCUCACGUGGAAAUCUGCCUAAAAAGGAAAUCGGAUGAGGAUGAGCCGGUGGAUGUAGAGGGAGAUGAGCAGUGUGAGGAGUACACCUGGGCGGGGCAGACCCGAAUCAGAGCCACAUCACUGUUACAGGGGGGCCUGGGAGGUUCUGGUUUCCAGACGUAUAGCAGUAAGCGACACAUGGACGAAGAUGUAGAUUUAGAUGUAGACGGUGAUGAUUCCAAACAGUACGGAGCACCUCAAUUUAGUGAGGCGGACAUAAUACCUUGCUCCUCUGAGGAACCUGGUGAGGACAAAGAGAGGGCGGCCCUCCGAGGAGCCAUACUGGGCUCCUCAUCCUGGACAGCUGAGGUAAAUACAGAUUAUCAAGUUGACUCGGACAGCCCAGAUGAGGGUGGACCAGACAUCUACACACAGAAUAGUGCAGAAACAUUCUCCGGUUCUGCAUCAGAGGUCAUUGCUGCAUUAAAACUAAAAAUCAAGGACCAAGAGAGAGCAGCAAAGAAGGAUAAAUCAAAAUGUCUUAUUUGUAUGGAACCAUACACAAACCCAUUGGCUUCCAUUCAGUGUUGGCAUGUGCAUUGUGAAAACUGCUGGCUAAAAACUUUAGGUGCAAAGAAGUUAUGUCCACAGUGCAAUAUGAUAACAGCAGCUCGGGACCUGAGAAGGAUUUAUCUAUGAGAAAGUUGGGCCCUGGAUAGAGAAAG